CGUAGGCGCAUCAUUACAGUACACCACCGGACGAGCAGCUGUGCUUCACUCUGUCUAAAUCUCUUAUUCUGCUUCAUUGGACAGUCUGGAUCUAGAAAUUCAUUUUUGUUCUGCCUCUGAAAGCCAUAGUGGAUUCUGUGACAACACUGGACACGAAGCUGCUGCACAACAACUCUCCUUUCUGCUCUUUCUGUCAAUUUGCCAAGCUGUGUCAAACUUGCGGCUCAACUGUCAGUGGUUUGUUCUCUUUCAUCGUGUUUUUCUGGUGAGGUAGGCAACACGCUAAGACUUAAAACCUAACUGCUUUGUUACCAACCUCACUCCGAAAGUUUCCUUUCUCCUUUGUCAUAUUAGUUGUCUCCAUCAGAGAGCUCCUUCAAACUUGUUUGAGUGCCCGAGUUGAGGCUUUUCCACCCGAGUUGAGGCUGCCCUGUGGGGCCGCUGUCAUUGGGCCGCCAACAUGCAGGUGUCAUUAGUGUGCUCCGAUAACCAUCGCGGAGGGGGCGUCACGCGCACGACUGAGGAACGUCUGAACCAGCGGAACUCCAACAGCCCCAGUCUGGGAACCAAGAGCAGGUUCCGUGCCGUGGCCAUGGUGGCCCGUAGCCUGGGACAGCUUUCGGUCAACAUCCCUUUGUCCAGCGACCAGAGUAUACGCACUGGCAUGAAGUAUAGAAACCUGGGCAAGUCUGGACUCAGGGUAUCCUGUCUGGGAUUAGGCACAUGGGUUACCUUCGGAGGACAGAUCACAGACGAGAUAGCAGAGGAGAUAAUGACAUUGGCUUAUGAGAAUGGGAUCAAUCUGUUUGAUACAGCAGAGGUCUACGCUGCUGGGAAGGCAGAGAUAGUAUUGGGGAACAUAAUCAAGAAGAAAGGUUGGAGACGUUCCACCUUGGUCAUCACCACCAAGAUCUUCUGGGGAGGAAAAGCAGAAACAGAAAGAGGAUUGUCCAGAAAACACAUAAUCGAAGGUCUAAGGGCAUCACUAGACAGACUACAGCUAGAGUAUGCAGAUGUUGUAUUCGCCAACAGACCUGACCCCAACACACCUAUGGAAGAGACAGUGCGAGCAAUGAGCCAUGUGAUCAAUCAUGGAAUGGCCAUGUACUGGGGAACAUCACGCUGGAGCUCAAUGGAGAUUAUGGAGGCAUACUCUGUGGCCAGGCAGUUCAACCUGAUCCCCCCUAUAUGUGAGCAGGCUGAAUACCACAUGUUCCAGAGGGAGAAGGUGGAAGUGCAGCUCCCUGAGCUUUUCCAUAAAAUAGGUGUGGGUGCUAUGACCUGGUCUCCGCUGGCAUGCGGGAUUAUCUCAGGGAAGUACAAUAGUGGUGUACCCCUGUACUCACGGGCCUCGCUAAAGGGCUACCAGUGGAUGAAGGACAAGAUCCUGAGUGAGGAGGGGCGCCGUCAACAGGCAAAGCUGAAAGAACUGCAGGUCAUUGCGGAAAGGCAGGGCUGCACCUUAGCCCAGCUAGCAAUCGCAUGGUGCCUAAGGAAUGAAGGAGUGAGCUCUGUGCUGUUGGGGGCAUCCAGCAAAGACCAACUGAUGGAAAACCUAGCGGCAAUACAGGUUCUUCCAAAGUUGUCUUCUUCCAUUGUGCACGAGAUGGAUAGUAUCCUAGGCAACAAGCCCUACAGUAAAAAGGACUACAGAUCCUAGACGCUACAGGAGAAACAUUGUUGGCUGGAAAUAAGCAUCUGCCUACUUCCACAUUUACAACAAGACUGGGAAAUAUCUGGCCACUGAAUCAUAUAGGAAAUCUAAGUUAAAAAAAAAGUCAAUUUCUCCCAACCCUAAAGAUGUAUGACUUGGAAACUAGUAGACUGUCCAAGCAAUUGUAUUCAACAAUGAUUGUCAAUGCAUCGUUUGCUGAAGCAUUCAAAAUUAUUUCUUUUGGCUCAAUGAAAAAUUAUAAUAAAAGUCACACACAUUCAGCAUGCAAAAAUAUCCUGCUUGAUCAUCUGGUUAUUUUUGAAAAAGAAAUGGGACCCUGAGCAAGUUCUGAAAUGCACUUCAUGCAUAAACAUAAAUGUUCUUGAAUUAAAAUAAUCUAAAUACCAGACCGUUUUGAAAUUGUUAGUAUCACCUCGGUAUCAUUUACCUAAAACGAACAGAUCCAGCACAACAAACUAGUUUAUGCUUUUUUAACAUUGAAGAUAACUUUUGUUGAAAUUACCAACCCUACUUUUCCAUAUGGAAAAGGAAAAACAUUUUUGAAAAAUAUUUUUUGGGAUAAAUUAGUCAACAUGCAUGUGAAACGUCAAAAAUUGUCCAAAGAAUACAUUUAUUAUGCUUUUUAAAAUGUAUUAAUGUUCCAGAUGUAUAUAUUUUUUUGGACACCGAUAUUAGCGUGAAUGUGCAUGUCUGCGUGUGCAUCUAAAGCCAAACUGAAAACCACAACACAAUAACUGUCCUAUUUAAUAAUACAAAAAUAAUGUCAUAUUUGGGACACAGUUGCAAUUAUUCAGCAUUUGCCACAGUGUUUACAGGGUCGCAUUUCAACCUAAACAGUGUUCAAAAACGUUGCGACUCAGGCUUCCUUGUUGUUUUGGAAUGAGAGAAUCAGGAGAGUUGAUCAUGGAAUCCUCAGCAGUAUCUUCGUAAGGCUUUGGCGCCCCUCUCAGGUUGGAACACAUCAGUGGAACCUAAACAAUGUUACUGUGCUUCUUGGCUAAAAAUGUUAUUUGAAGUAUAACCGGAGGGAUGAUACACCUUAGUGUUACAAGUUCCAUAUUUGGAUUAGAUCAUGUAAUUUGGCAAGAUAACUCAGCAGCAUAGUAAUGUCAGAUGGUUGAUGGUACGAUUCAUUUUAGUUGAUACACAGUAAACGCAAAAUUAACACCUAACUGCCAGCUUGAAUCUAUACCUCCAACAUAUCUGGCCCAGACUUAAGUAUUAGGUGUAAUGAUAAUUAAAGACAGGCUGAAAGCAUAACCUGUAUUCAACACAAUAUAGAUUGAUGGGUACAGAUUUCCAGUACACUAGACAAAUAUGCCAUUUAUACUCACUACUUUGACACUAUUUUAAACAUACAGAUUUGUUCAUGUUGUAUACUUAUGUUUCAUAUGUAACAUGCUUGUUUAUGUUAUGCAUGUAUGGGUGACAACUGGCCUAAUUCAUUUUGUUGCUUUCAGCGAAGUUGAUGACUGAGCAACAUGGAGGAACUGUCUAAAUUUGAAGAUAGAUUUUUCUGUCACCAUUCAAAUUGUAAACAGAUAUGGAUGGAAAUAUACAAUAACAAAUCCUCUAAAUUGAAAUUGAGGAUAUUAACAAAGUAUGAUAUCUAGUUAAAAUUCAAAAAAUCGCCGUCUGAUUGUGCAGCUUCAUAUGCAUGUAUGUGUAUCAUUUUAUGCGUUCAUCCAGGUGAGUCUGUGUGUGUGUUUAUAUCAAUAAUCCCACCUGCUCUACAAUGCUUCAUCUAGUGCUUUGAUGUGGACUUUGUGAAGAACACACAAUACAUGUACAUUUCUCUGAGUUUCUAAUCACUAAUCCUGGUUCUACCUAUUAACAAGGAGCUUCUGUAAUGUAUUUAUUCAACAGACUUGUCAUUUAGAAACAUUAAAAAAGGAACAUGGGAUAUAAUCUGGGUGCAGGGAGAAACAGAUGGGAACCUGGACUUAACAUGAGCCUCCAGUUAAAAAGACAUUAUUUAGCCAAGGGAUCAUUUUAUCUAUUUAAAUAUUUUUCCCUCUGAGUCUAUUCUGAGGUUACAUUUUAUAAAAUGUCCAUCUUUUAAAGGUUUUUAAAAGGAAAAUGCUGCCCAAGUGUCUGGUUUAAGCAUGCUACUGUAUAACUACACUGCUAUUUUGAAGAUCAGAGCACAAACAACCGUAGUGUAGUGUCCUACUGUGCAUACAUUGACAUGAAGACACUAACAUAUACCUAAUGGCUUCACAAAUUCUGUAAUGUUUAUAUCUAAAUUCUGUAUAUACUGUUUAGCUUGUAAUACUUUGUCUGUUUUAUUUUCUGUUAAUUGCGAGCAUUGUUUAUUGUAUUGUAUCUCAAGAUCAUAUAAAAUUUAUAGGAGAAAUGAAAAUAAACAUACUGACUUACCUGA